GUGGAGGCAAAAGCAUACGGAAGGGCUUCUGCCUUAGUGUAGAGUUUAGCUUUAGAGUUUAUCCCAUCAUGCAGACUCAUCAAAAGGUCACCAAUCCUGAAUGAAUGAAACUCAGGUAAAGGUGGGUGACCUGGGAACUAUGGAGAGGUUCUCCUGCUGCUGCUUUGCAUGGAUUCUUCUGAGUGGAAGUUUUUAUCUGUUGGUUCUUUGUCAACACGAGAAUCAGAGCAACUUCACCUCCAGCUACUCAGCAUCUCUCCAACUCCAAAAAGACCAAAGGGAAUAUCGACAGCAGAUCUGGGGACUUCAGACCAAGAGUUUGAUUCAAAACUCCAAAGUGCUCAAUAGCCCUUAUGUUCCUCUAUCAAAGCAGGGACUUUGGGAAGUCCUUGAAGGUAACUCCAAGUCCAACUCCAACCCUUCUUUAAAGAUAAAGCUCCCACCCAUCAUGGAUGUUCAAGGAUUAUCUAAACUGUCAAGAUUGUUCACCUGGGGUGACUUUUAUUCCAACAUCAAAACUGUUAAGCUGAAUUUGCUGAUAAUGGGGAAGAUCGUGGACCACGGUAACGGUUCUCUUGGAGUCUAUUUCCGUCACAACUCCACGGGGGUUGGGAACGUGUCCGUCAGCCUGGUCCCACCUAUGAAAGAGGUGGAGUUUGACCUGGAGCGCCAGAGUGUGGUCCAUCCCAAAGAGUCGAAGACGUUCAACUGCAGGGUGGACUACGAAAAAACCGAACGUAGCAAGAAGGUGAUGCUGUGCAACUAUGAUCCAUCAAAGACCUGCGACCAAGAACAAACCCAGAGCCACAUCACCUGGAUUUGCUCCAAACCCUUCCAGGUCAUCUGUGUCUACAUGUCUUUCUACAGCACAGAUUACAGGCUGGUCCAGAAAGUCUGUCCAGACUACAACUCCCAGAACCCAGCCUACCGGCCCACAGGAUAAACCUGGGUCCAGGUUAGGGGGGUGAAGAAAGACGCCUUAAAAAAAUCAGAGGACCAUAGUGUGAAAGUUUAACUUUUUAAAACUUUGUCCCAGAAAAUAUUUGAUUAAACACUGUUAAAUAGAUAUUUAGAUUAGGUGUGCUGAUAAAAGGAUGGCUGACAUUAUGUUUCUGUAAUAAGUGUAAAUAAAAGUUAAAACUUAAAACACCCAAGUUGAUGUAACAAUUAGGUGACCGACUGAUUUGCGACAUUUGCAAAGGUGUAGAAAUAUGACCUUUAUUGUGUAUAAUCUUUAAGUGCUGUUCAUGUCACGCCUUCCCCAUUUUUGGUUGUCUGGUUCCAGACGUAUUUAAAACACUUUGUAGCCCACCUGUACAUUUUUCGUCAUUUCUUAAAAACGUGGCUGUGUAAUUCCUAUAUACAUAUCUUCCAUCAGGAGAUGACAGAGGUAUUUGGGUUGAUCGGGGUUCAUAAUGUCAAUGCAAACCUAAACAGAAGCAAAAUUAAAUAGAAUAAGGUUGCAGCGAUGCAGGUAGACCAGGGACAGUUGCAAAAUAGGAUGGCUGCAAUGUCUUUUUUUCUCCAAUCAGGAAAAGCUAGAGUGACUCAUACUGCACAUGCUAAGAUAUUGUUAUACCAAUGCCACUGUUUUUUUUUUUUUAUCUAGCUCAAACCUAUAUAGGAUAAUCGAGUGAUAAAUUUACUUUUAGGUAAUAUAGUUAGCAAGUCUCAGGAUCACACAGCUUAGUGUGAUUUAAUUACAUCGGACAGAGAGAGGGAAAGCCGCCCCGUUUUGAUAUAAAAUAACAUUUUAAACAUUUUUUUAUUAGUUAGGUGGAUUAUGUAUCCAUCCAUAUCUUUGUACAACUGGGCAUAAAAUGAAAUCGCAAUAAGUAAUUUCUUUCUUAAAAUAA